AUGGUGAACCUUUUACAACAGGUAUAUAUUUUCAAUUUGUAUUGCCUUAACUCUUAAUAGAUCGGAAGGGAGUUAAUUCCAUAAAACUUUGUUCAGAAAUAUAUUAUGAUUUUUCAGAUUUGAAGGAAACACCAAGUUAUGUUUCAUUUUAAGUUUCCAAAAAUUAUCGCAUUCCUAAAAAUUUACCAGCCUGUGAGACACGUCAUGUUGCAUGGAGUUGAUCUUGUGCAAAGCUAUCAACAAACUGUUUCCUUUCUUUUCUUUUUCUUGUAAUCUUUGGUUCAUACAAAUCUAGAUAUAACUGUAUCUUCACCACAAUUUAAAAUAUAUCUGUAACAUUAAGGCAUAUUUUAAAACUGUAUGACUAAUGCCAAUUUUUUGCAAAAAAUUGGUUCUUGGUCUGGAUUAUAGAGAGAAAUUAACCUCAUUAUUUUUUUUUGUCUACUCGUUCAAGGUGUUGCUUGUUCCCGUUGCCCUCCUUUUGUUGGCAUUGCUGUUGAACAGUCAUAGGAAAGUCCAAGCAAGACCGACCGAUUCCUCGACAUUUUUUAUAAGGAAUUUAAAUGAAAAUUCACAUUCGAGGAACAUUGCACAAAAUUCGACGAAAAAGACUGCAGUCCUCAAACCCAGGCAAAAAGAUGGUGCAGGUUCUGCUAACGGCAUCGACAUGCAACCCACACGACAUAGCAUCAUAGAACGAGCUACAGAUAACCAGGAGGAAUCGUUAACUGCUGACGGUGCUGGAUUGACUAGAACAAGUUUCCCAAGUAGCGUCAACAAGAAUCCUUGUAUAAAAAGAUUUCGUUACCGCAUCAUUUUCAAUUAUUUCUUCGCAAUUCCUGUGUGUAAAGGGCACCAAGGCUGCUUCGAGGUUAUAAAAAUUGUAAACUUUGGAAAAGGAAGAACUUAUGCAAUACCGACGAACUGCCAAAGAGUUAAUAAACAAUAA